AUGCGCCAGCAGGAGGCGGCGGCUUCGGUCCUGGGACCCCGGGAAGCCUCCGGCAGGAGCCUGGGCUUGGCAGCCCCGUGCCCACCGGGCGCGCCCCGUCCCUGGGCGCCGCUGCCCGCAGCCGGCCGCGGGGAAGGCGCAGGAGAGGGGUCGGGGCCGCGGCCUGGGGGGCGGCGCACAGCCGGGCUCGGGGGUUGGGGACGAGGGACUGCCGCCGGCGUCACGGCGGGGCUGGCGCUGGUCCUGGGGGCCGUGCUGGGGUCUGCGCAGCUGGUCGGCGGCACCACCGCGCCAGCCGCGAACCUGAGCUGCUACCAGUGCUUCAAGGCCGGCAGCCCGCGGCUGUGCGCGCCCGGCCCGUGCCGCCCCGCCGACCGCGUCUGCGUCUCCAGCCAGGUGCUCGUCACCCUGCGUGAGGUGAGCAAGCUCUUGGUCAGCAAGCGCUGUGCUCCCAGAUGUCCCAACACCAACGGGAUGUUUGAAUGGUCACUGGCGCCCGGGCUGCAAGGCAUCAUCACCAGGCGCUGCUGUUCCAGGAAUCUCUGCAACAGGGCGCCAUCUGCGCAGGCGGGGCUCUGGGCCCUGCGAGGGGGGCUCCUGCUCCAGGUGGGCGUCGGCCUCCUCUGGACCCUGUUGUGA